GCUGGCCCAUCUUUAGCCCAUUUCCGGCCCGUGUGUCUCCCUCCCGCCAUCAUGCGGUUGCUGCCCAUGCAUUGGGCCCGCCGUGGCGCUGGCGACGGACUCGACUCCGGGUUCAUGACCUGGAGCAAGGUGUACGCCAAUCUACCCGAGCGAUACAUGAUGCGCAAGGCCUACAAGCUCAAGUACAAGCCGCCCGUGGCCCAUCCGGCCUUCAAGCAGGCCAUCGAGACGUCCCGGAUCCCGGAGUUCACCAUGGACCGACCUUGGUCGGCGGCCUAUUGGGAGCAGCACGAGCCCCACGCCCCUGUCCAGAACAACUACGUGGAGCCCAUCUUGGACGAAGACUGGAUGUGGUUCAAGGGGGAUCGAGUCCAGAUUUUGGUGGGCCCCGACAAGGGCAAGCAAGGCUACAUCAACUACGUGGUCCAGGAGAAGAACUGGGUGUGCGUGGAAGGGCUCAAUUGCAAGUACGAGAUGAUGGGUGAGAGCCGGAAUUUCCCCGGCAUGAUGAUCAUGCGCGAAAAGCCGCUCGUGGUCACCACCGACAUCCAACUCGUCGACCCGUCGGAUGAGACGCCGGCCCAAGUGGAAUGGCGUUUCAGCGAAGACGGUGAGCGGGUGCGUACUUCCACCCGCACGGGUCACAUCCUUCCCAUCCCUUCGGCCGCUUUCGAGACGCAGGACUACAAGACGCCGGUGGGAUAUCGGGAAAACCAGCGCACCGACACGCCGGCCAGCUUGGUGCAGGAAAUCACCUUUGAGCCCAAGCUAUGCACGUUUGAGAUGGAUAUCAUGGAGUCUGAGGGGAUCGUGGAGACCCGCAACCCGCCCAGAACCUACUGGUAUUAAGUCAGUCUCUCAGUUCAAUCAAUGUCCAUUCAGUUAGCGUAAAUAGAUGUAAUGUAAGCUUGUGAAUUUAA